UGUUGAGGGUUGUCGUCGUCAUGUAGGAUGUUUGCUCUUGUGUUGUAAAGAUGCACAUUCAGUGCAACGAACACUGCUGGACUUCUCAAGUACACGCUGUUUAGAGGAAUAUAAUAUAAUCUUACAUUGUCGAAUUAAUUGUAACUUUUUGUUAUGGAAUCAAAACCCCUUUCCGCGAAACUGCUUAAUGCUGCGCCUCCAUAUGGACAUAUCAUCAUUAAUGAGAAGUGCAGGGGCUCGAACCUUGUGCAGUGCCUCAAAGGAAGUGUGAAGGCCAUAUUUGAAGAAGAGCUUGGUGAUGUAGAUUUCUGUCUCAGUAAUAAGAUGUGUGUCCUGUAUGUGUCAGAGAGUGAUAUGGUUGCAGGAAAUAUCCAUAGGAGGAAAAUUGCCCGCUUCAGAAAUGCCAACAGCGGUCUGCAGGGUAUUGUGAUCGUGGAGAAGACCCAUUUGAGUGAGCAGUAUUUCAGCGGGCUGCAGAAGUUUGUGGUUUUGGAGUUGGGUUUGACUCUUCUGCCCGUGUCCAGUCCUGUUGAAGCUGCUCAACUCAUAGGACAACUAGUUCUUGGAGAGAACAAAGAGAACCCCUUCUGCAGAAAAAGUUUGUCGAGAUUGCUGGAACCGGUGGUUUUGAAUCUAGUUCAACAGAUUCCCGGGGUCGGGAAGGUGAAGGCCAUGUUACUGCUUCAGCAAUUUCCCAGUAUCCAUCGGCUCAGCAGCGCUUCAGUCAAUGAGCUAGAGCCUAUAGUGGGGCAGAGUACAGCCCAACAAAUCACAGCAUUCUUCCAUAACCAGUUCACAUAGAAAUAGAGGCUGUCACCCCAGACUGAUAUUCCCAAAGAAUUCAUUCAUAACGUGAUCACAUUUAUAAAGCACAACCAUAUUGUAGAAUAAAAGUUUUUCACGUGCUCCUUGGGAAUUCGAAGCAUUUUUUGCCACAUAGUUUUUCAAAUUUUAUUACUAUAAAAUUAAUACAUUGUUUUUUUUUUUGUUCGUUUUAAUUAUUUGAGUGGCAAGUUUAAUAUUGAAUGUCAGCAUGUAAUGUUCGCUGAUGUAAAAUACUUGUAAAGUUUCCGAACUGUAGAGAGGAACAGAAAAUGGCGCUAUGGAUCCAGUUGCACCAAAAUUGACUUUGGUUGAUAAACUUAUAAAGAGUGUGAAAUGUUUUUUGUGUUGGUGAUUAUAUUGAAGGUACAGAAUGAUAAUAUGAUACGAGUAAGAAU